AUGAGCUCAAGCACCACACAGUACUCCUCUGUGAAGCACUGCAAUGACACGCUCACUGUUAAAACCGACGAUGGGAGCUAUUUCAAAAAGCGUCGCUAUGUGCGGAAGGACGGGUCCUGCAACGCGGUCUUCCGGCACGUUCCAGAGGAGUGGUUACUCUACGUGACGGACAUCUUCACGACACUGGUGGAGAUCAAGUGGCGGGUGAUGUUCCUGACCUUUGCCCUUUCUUAUAUACUUUCCUGGCUCUUCUUUGGCAUCUUGUUCUGGAUUAUUGCAUUGGUCCAUGGCGACAUGAGAGACCACACCAUUGAGCCCUGCGUCUAUGAGGUGCGAAGCUUCACUGCUGCAUUCCUGUUUUCCUUGGAAACCCAGACGACGAUUGGAUAUGGUUCUCGAGGCAUGAGUGAGAACUGCAUGGUGGCCAUCGUUGUUGUAACCAUCCAGGAUGUCAUCAGCGUCUUCAUUGACACCUCAAUCAUUGGCGUUGUGAUGGCCAAGAUGGCGUCUGCUCGGAAGAGAGCACAGACCGUCGGGUUCAGCAACUGUGCUGUGAUCAACCUGCGGGACGGCCACAUGUGUCUUUCGUGGCGGGUAGGCGAUUUCCGUCGAAACCACAUGGUGGAGGGAACAGCACAAGCCAAGCUGAUCUGCCACACCACUCACGCCACCGGUAAAGUUGACAUGUCCUACCAAACCCUGGAGCUCCAGGAGAGCAAUAUUAUCUUGGCGACACCAACCACUAUCGUCCACAGGAUUGGGCCAAGCAGCCCGUUUUACAGGAUGAGCCUGCAGGACCUGAAGAAAGAGAACUUUGAGUUGGUGGUGUCGUUCUCCUACACUGACAACGCCACUGGCAUAAUGCAUCAGACCCGUACCUCAUACAUACCAAAUGAGAUCCUUUGGGGUCAAGUCUUCCAGGAGGUGCUUAGAAUGACCCGCAGACACUACAGAGUGGACUACAGGUUGUUUAACCUCACUGCCAAGGUCCGAUGUCCAGAGGUAAGCGCAGAGGAGUAUGACUUAAAGGAGCAUUCCUCCAGACCCAGGGAUAAGCUACAACAAACCAGUUCCCUUGCAGCGCCCACUCAAUUUGUAAAGGACGUUAAUCCUGAGGUAGACACAGCUUCCACCACUGAAGAUGUUCAGGUGGAAAAGAUAUCACACAGCGCCUUUCGAGCAGAGUGA